UUAGAGGAGGAAAACAAGAAAAAAAAUAUUCUGAACCAAUGGACUGCAGACACAGUACAGGAGAUGACCAGAGACUGCAGACAUAGUACAGGAGAUGACCAGAGACUGCAGACAGUACAGGAGAUGACCAGAGACUGCGGACAUAGUACAGGAGAUGACCAGAGACUGCGACACAGUACAGGAGAUGACCAGAGACUGCGGACACAGUACAGGAGAUGACCAGAGACUGCGGACACAGUACAGGAGAUGACCAGAGACUGCGGACACAGUACAGGAGAUGGACCAGAGACUGCGGACACAGUACAGGAGAUGACCAGAGACUGCGGACAUAGUACAGGAGAUGACCAGAGACUGCGGACAUAGUACAGGAGAUGACCAGAG